CUCUGAGAAGCACUAGUACUGAAUACAGCCCGGAGCGUUUGGUGCCUACCCACUUUGAACAUACUUGCCAAUAUUGGAUAAUGUGUGACUUGCAGGUGGGGUCUGGGCAGCCAAACCUGCUUGGUGAGUCCCCAGGCCUGACUCACUGAGUGACGAGACAGGUGGAGCCCUGGACUGUUUAGCAGCCAACCGUCACUCCUGGUCAGUGCUGAAGCGAGCCAAGCCCUGGCAGCACCAUGGCCCUGAGUGUCACCGUCAAGAGGGUCACCCACCUGCCAGGGACAGGGGAGCGGCAGGUGCAACUGAGUUUCCGAGGUUUUACUCAGAAGACAAAGAAGAUACACUGUGGCCAGGAAGUAGUCUUUGGAGAGCUUUUUCGCUGGCCACACUAUGGAAAGCUGAUUAUGGAAGAGAUGCUGAUUGUUAAAGUUUACAACUGCAGUAAGGUAUUCAGUAAUAGAUUACUUGGUUCCUUAGUUAUAAGCCUUCAGCACUUAGUAACAUCUGGACGGCUAAACAUCAGAGAAGCUCUGGUUGACAAAAACCACAGCAUCACAGGUAUAUAUAUUGAACUAGAUCUGCGAUACCAGCCUCCUGAUGGAGCCGCAGGAACAUGGGCUGAAGAAGAUUUUGUCUAUCAGAUGAAAGACAGCUCAGAGGUCAUAAUCCGCAACCCUGGAUUUGAGGAGCUGGACCCUGAUGAUGUGAAGCGAGCUGCUGAUCUGGAUAGGAAGGCUGCAGUACUUGGCAGGAAACUUGUCAAAGGCUUGGAGACUGAUGAUGAUGAGGAUGAUUAUUAUGAUGUGUCUGACAUGGAGUUCUCCGGCAUUGUCUUCACUCCUGUCAAGAGCCGUUCUAGAGUCUUUUCCAAAUGGGACUUGUAUGCUACUCCUAGACCACAGAACUUCCAGAUUGGCAUAAACAUUAUUGAAGCCCAGAAAUUGGUGGGAGUGAAUAUUGACCCCUUUGUUGUUGUGAAAAUCGGAGAUGAGAAGAGACACACAGCAACACAAAAGUCAACCAACUGUCCCUUUUACAAUGAGUAUUUUACAUUUGAAUUCCAUGAACCGAGAGAUGUUUUGUUCCACAGACUCAUAGAGAUUUCUGUCUUCCAUUCAAAGAAGAUCCGAUUCUUAGGUGCACUCAUAGGGAUAUUCAAGAUUGAUCUAGCGACUAUAUACAACCAGCCAGAUCACAGAUUUUACCAGAAGUGGGCUGUUAUUCAUGACCCCAAGGACACCAGGGCAGGAGUUAAAGGCUUUGUGAAAUGCAACAUUUCUGUCAUUGCACGAGGGGAUGUAAUGAGUUCCCUUCCCACUACCUCAACAAGUCAGAAUGAAGACAUUGAAAAGAACUUGCUGCUGCCUAAAAGAGUCCCAGCUGAGAGGCCAUGGGCGAAAUUCUGCAUCAAAAUGUACAAGGCAGAGGGUCUGCCCAGCAUGAGUGCAGGAAUCAUGGGUGGUUUUUCAAAGAUUGUGGGUGAGAAGAAAGUCUUCAUUGAUCCAUAUGUGCAAGUUGUUUUUUCUGGCCAGCAGGGAGAAACUUCAGUUGAAAGCAGUACCACAGAACCAGUGUGGAAUGAACAGAUCAGCUUCAUUGAAAUGUUCCCGCCUCUUGUCAGAAAAAUAAAAGUCCAAAUGUUGGAUGAUGCCAACAUUGGAGAUGUUGCCCUUGCCACACACUUUAUUGACCUGCAGCAAAUAUCUGAUCCUGGCAGAAAUGGCUUUAAUCCCACCUUUGGCCCAACCUGGGUGAAUUUAUAUGGAUCACCCAAGAAUUCUGCCCUGCGAGAUGUACACAAAGAUCUCAAUGAAGGUCUGGGUGAAGGCAUAUUCUAUCGCGGGCGUCUUCUCAUGGCCAUUAGUGUGGAGAUCUUUAGCACUAUCCAGGCAGCAGAGAAAAAGCCUGUGGAAGCUCUCAAAGGUGCCCUAAGUAAGCUGAAGCUGAAGAAAAAGAGCAAAAAGGCCAAGGAGAAAUCCAAAGCUUCUAUCAAAGAGCAGCAACGAAGCCAAGCUGAGGUAGACGCCCAGGAGGAGUCUGACCAGCCAAGUGAGGUGAUUGUGGAGGUAGAGGACCUCCAUCCUCUCCCAGAGAAUGCCCUGGGAGUGAAAGAAGAAUUCCUUCUCUUUGCCUCCUUCUUUGAGGUGACUAUGAUGGAGCCAGCAAUAGGUAGCAAGCCUGUGAAGUUUGAGAUCUCCAUAGGGAACUAUGGCAAAGCUGAAGAAGUGAUGUCCAAAAUUUCCAAGAAAGAUGAGAAGGGAGAAAAGAGUGAAGACAAGCAACCUUUGCUGGACCCCAGUUCAGAUGAUGAGCUGGAGAUUGAAGUCAUAGCACCAAGUACACCUUUGCUUGAUAAAUCUAUGACUGAGAACCAAAGACCUGAACCCACUGAAUAUGACAACUCUUACAGCUGCGUGCCAAUGCUACAUGAGAAGCCCUGUGUGUAUGUUUGGAGCUACUGGGAAGAUUAUACCUGGAGACUCUGUAAUUCCAACUGGAUUGUCAAAAUAGCAGAGCGUUUGGAACAUGGACUAGAAGAGGUGGAGAAGCUCCUGAGGAGACCAAGAUCAAAGGCAGAUGAGAGGCUUCGGCAGGUUCUAGAGGAGUUUGUAGCUGGAUGUAGGCAGUAUUCUCUUAAUGUGGACAAAAAGCCCAUGGCCCGUCCAAACAACCUUGAUCGAUGCCGGAUGAAAUCUCUCCCACAAAACAUUAUACUAUAUGCAAAACAGGGGAUGCGCAUAAGAAGGCGCCUUACUCGCACCAAUGUCAAGGACAAAGUAAACGAGACAAAGAUAAUCUUGUCAAAGCUGCGCUUCCUGGCUAAAGAGCCCCAAUGUCCUAUCCCUGAUGUCCUGAUCUGGAUGUUUAGCAACAACAAGCGUGUCGCAUACACUCGGAUCCCUGCCCAAAACAUCCUUUAUGCAGUGGUAGAAGAGGAGAAAGGCAAGGACUGUGCCAAGAUACAAACUGUCUUUCUCAAGGUUCCAGGGUCACGGAGUGGUGAAAUCUUUGCAAAACUGGAAGUCUACAUGUGGCUUGGGGUAACUAAAUAUGUGAAGAACAGCACCGCAGAGCUACCAGAGGAGUUCAAACCAAUAUAUGAUAAGGCUGUGCAGGCUGCAAGGAUUCCAGCAUACAUCCCACCCAGUCAGCUCAACAGAGAUGACUUCAGUUACUUUCAGCUGCGAGCCCAUUUGUACCAGGCUCGAGGGAUUCUCCCAGCUGAUGAAAAUGGCCUUUCUGAUCCAUUUGCAAAAGUGGUGUUUUCAACUCAGUGCCAGACUACAUGUAUCUUGGAAGAGACACUCAGCCCAAUGUGGAAUGAAUUACUUCUGUAUGACCAGCUCAUUAUCGAUGGAAAGAAGGAGGACUUGAAGACAGAGACUCCAAUUGCUGUUGUCAAUAUCUUUGACUACAAUAAAUUUGGCUCACCUGAGUUCCUUGGCCGGGCCUUUGUUACACCACUGGUGAAGCUGGUAGAUGAGCCAUACAGCAAACCUUCUCUCCAGUUUUUUGACAUUUACAAGGGACACAAAGCAGCUGGGGAAUUAAUUGCUGUCUUUGAGCUGAUUGAACUGGAUUAUAGUGGCUACUUAGAGCCAUCAGUGCCUAGUGAUGUAGAACCCAAGGAGCCGGAAUAUCUGGGAGACCCCCGUUCUGGACGAUUCAUUAUCCCUGAAGGUAUCCGACCAAUCCUUAAAGAGUUUCGUAUAGAGAUCUUGUUUUGGGGCCUGAGAGAUCUGAAGCGUGUGAACUUGUUUGAGGUUGACCAGCCGCAGGUGAUCAUUGAAUGUGCUGGGAAGAAAGUGGAGUCUGAAGUGAUUACAGUGUACAAAGAGAACCCAAAUUUCAAUGAACUUGUCAAAUUUGUUGAUGUGGAGCUUCCAGAGCAGGUGUACUUGCACCCACCACUCAGUAUCUUCGUGGUGGAAAAGAGGGCCUUUGGACGCUCUGUCAUGGUGGGAACUCACAUAGUUUCCCAUAUUAUGAAAUUUGCUCCUAAAGAGCUAGAUGAGUUGGAAGAGGAAGAUGACAGCCCAUCCAAAACACGGAAAGCCUCACGGCCGAAAAUCUCCAAAUCGGUUCUGAAUCUUGGUGCAGCUGCUGGGAAGACAGUGAUAAACAUUGGUGCAGCUGCUGGUCAGACAGUAAUAAAUAUUGGUGCAGCUGCUGGAGACAUAGGUAGCAAAGUAAAUCCCCUUAAGCUUGCAAAGGCACCUCUGAAGAAACUCCCAAUUGAUAAACUCAUGCCGAAGGAGGAAGAAUUUGAGGAGGAAAAGCCUGAGAAAGAAGAGCUGGAUUGGUGGUCUAAGUACUAUGAAUCAUUAAAGGAAUUAAACAACCAGUCCUUCAGUGAUGAGGAAGAGGAAGAGGACCCAAAUGAUCCAGAUGGAGGGAACUUAAAUGUUGCUUCUCUUGAUGUGGAAGGGGACGAUGGCCCAAUAGUUGAAGCUGAGCCAGUUCGUCCCAAAAGGAAACUUAUAGCUACAUUAAAGAUCUACAGUUCAGAGCUGGAAAACGAGUUUGACAAUUUUGAGGACUGGCUAUGUAUUUUUCCACUUCAUCGUGGGAAAGCCAAUGAAGAUGAAGAUGGAAACGAAGAAGAUAAUUUAGUGGGAAAAUACAAGGGCUCAUUCUAUGUCUAUCGGGCUGAAGAGGCAGGUGCAGAGCACAAGAUCUCCCAGGGCAUCCCCAGAAACAGACCCAUUAAGGUCCUUGUCCGAAUUUAUAUUGUAAAAGCAACUAAUCUGAGUCCAGCAGACCCCAAUGGCAAGGCAGAUCCCUACCUUGUGGUUAAAAUCGGGCAGCAACAGAAAGACACCAAGGAGCGAUACAUCCCAAAGCAGCUGAAUCCAGUCUUUGGAGAAGUGCUGGAGCUGAGCAUAUCCUUUCCCAUAGAAUCAGAACUCACCAUAUCGAUAUUUGACCAUGAUUUGGUCGGAUCAGAUGACUUAAUUGGGGAAACAAAGAUUGACUUGGAGAACCGAUUCUACAGCAAUCACAGAGCCAACUGUGGGGUGGCCUCACAAUAUGACACAGAGGGCUACAACAUGUGGCGUGAUGCUUUCAAACCCACACAUAUCUUGGACAGUUUGUGUAAGAAGAAUUCACUCCCCUCAGCUGAGUACAGGCGGGAGGAAGUCAAAGUAAACAACAAGAUUUUUAAGAUCCCUCCUGAAGCUUUUCCUGAAGAAGCCUUUGUAAAAGACAAUAAAGAAAACGAAGAUGAAACCUGGUCUGCUUAUGAUGAGCACAAGGCUUUGUAUGUUCUUCAACACUGGGAUGAAAUGCCAGAAUAUGGAUAUAAAUUAGUACCAGAACAUGUAGAAGUACGGUCCCUUUACAAUCCAGACAGCCCAGGUCUCCUACAGGGUGCUCUCCACAUGUGGAUCGAUAUGUUUCCAAACGAUGUCCCUGCACCACCUCCUGUCAACAUCAAACCACGACUCCCAAUCAGCUAUGAGCUGCGUGUCAUUAUCUGGAACACGGACGAUGUGGUUCUUGAUGACGUCAAUCCAAUAACGGGAGAAAUCUCCAGUGACAUCUAUGUAAAAAGUUGGAUCAAAGGACUGGAGAAGGACAAGCAAGAGACAGAUGUUCACUUUAACUCUUUGACUGGGGAAGGCAACUUCAACUGGAGAUUUGUGUUUCGCUUUGACUACCUCCCAACAGAAAAAGAGAUAACUUACAAAAAGAAGGAUUCCAUCUUCUCUCUGGAGGAAUCGGAAUUUCGAGAGCCAGCUGUCCUGGUCCUUCAGGUCUGGGACUACGAUAGGAUUUCAGCAAAUGACUUUCUAGGAGCCAUUGAGUUAAAGCUGAACGAUAUGGUGAGAGCUGCCAAGAGUUCAGAGCAGUGCACCAUCAAGAUGGCCAAGGAGAAGGCCAUGCCCCGCUUCUCCAUCUUCCGAAACAAACGAAUGAGAGGCUGGUGGCCAUUCAUCAAACUCAAGGGCCAGGAAGACAUUGAAAGGGAAGAGAGGGAGGCUAAGCAGAAGAAGAAAAAGAAGAAGAAGAAGAAGUGGGGGAGCUCUGUAAAACCAGAAGACGUUGAGUUUUCAGAUCCUAGUGGAAAUAUCUUCAUCCUUACAGGAAAAGUGGAAGCCGAAUUCCAGCUACUGACUGUAGAGGAGGCUGAGAAUGCCCCAGUUGGUCGGGCACGGAAAGAGCCCGAACCCUUAGACAAACCCAACCGCCCAAAAACAUCCUUCAACUGGUUUGUGAAUCCCAUGAAGACGUUUGUCUUCUUCAUUUGGAAGCGGUACAAGAAGUACAUAAUUGCACUGCUUAUUAUUGCAAUUCUGACCAUAUUCUUGGUUCUCAUUCUCUACACAAUGCCAGGAUACAUCAGCGAGAAGAUAAUAAAUGGCUAAAGACAGUGCUUUCUGUCCUCUUCCCCAAGUUGGGACUUGACAGAGGAAUAUAACGGUGACUUCUGUGCCAAAGACAUUAAAGAGCAUGUGCAGCUGGCUGAUUGUGCCUGGAGCACUUUGAAAAUGCAACUGUCAGAGUAAGGGAAGAGACUGCCCAUAUUUAGGCAGUCAGGCACCCUGCUCACAUCUGUGAUGUGAUGACAAUUAUCUCUGAAGAGCCUUUGGAAUUAUUCAUUAAACGCCUUGCCUUUCAUUAGCUCUUAAGAUGGUAUGCUUGUUCUAUGACCCUGCAACUCUUUAUAAUUAAAGCAAUCAACUGUCACUUAAGAAGAAAAGAGGAAGAGGCCACAUAUAGCAAUGGAUAUAGGAGCAUGGACACCUAGCCAAAUGGAAAGGAAUUUAUAGUUUUAUGCCACUGCUGUCUCUGUCUCCAAAUCAUAUGAGUCUGGUAUGUGGGUGUGGUUUGCUAAGAAUCGCCUGGCAGGUCCAAUUGAUACCCCUAGUGGUUCACAGUUGGUCUGUGGGUUGGCAGUUCCCCAUUCCUUAAUGCAUUGGUUUGAG